CCCCCCUCUUCUAACCCUACCAAUCCUAAUGGAUCCCGUUCGCAGCCUCCGCUCUGCCGUGGCCUACGCAGUCUCCGCCGCGGAACACGCAGCCGCCGCCGCGGCCGUCUACGCAGCUGAGCGCCCUGGCGGCGACCUAGUUGUCGUCGCGGCCUUGGCAAACGCCGCGGCCGCCUACGGAGUCGCCUGACCGCUUCGGCCGAGACCCAGCUGCCGCUGCCGCCGAGGCCUACAAAGCUGGCACCGCGGCCUACCAAGCUGCCGCACAUGUGAAGCCCCCGUCGAUGGGGACUGGGGUCGUCAAUGGGGACGGCGACUUCACAUGUCGCGGCAGCUUUAUAGGCCGCCUUGGCGGCCUAUGAAGCUGACCGCUUCGGCCGAGACCCAGCUUCCGCUGCCGCUGCCGCCGAGGCCUACAAAGCUGGCACCGCGGCCUACCAAGCUACCGCCGUGGCCUAUAAAGCUGCCGCCACCUGUGAAGCCUCCGUCCCUGUCCCCGUUGACGACCCCAGUGUGAAGUUGUUUCUUUAAGUUUUAUCUUUUGUCAUGUACUAAAUUGCUUACUAGCUGUCAAAUGCUCAAGCUUAACUGAUCGAUAAUUUUACUUCUUUUUUUUUUUUUGUUUUCUUGCAGAUAUGUUUGAAUGAAUAUUCACUGUGCUUUUUUGAAAUUCUAAAGCAUGCACCUCUAAUAAAUAUGGUUGAAGUUUAUUGAGUAUUUCUCUGGGUUGAAGAUGUAUGGUUCUUGUGGGAGUUUUGUCUAGAAGGUAGCUAGCUGUCUAGAGCAGGAAUAAUAUUAGUAAAUAAUAGUAAACACACCAUAUGAAUGGACCCUUAGUAAAUACUAAAAUGAUGGACAGUUCAGUGGGAAGCACAAAGAUCAUGGAUAGGUCAUUAGAAGGAAGUGUGUCUUCUGAUGUAUCGGGAGAAGGUACAAAUGGAAUAAACAGAUUAACAAAAAGAAUUAGUGGGGUUAAACUUUUGUCUUCUACUGAUGUAUCAAUAAACAAUAGUGGGGUUAAACCAUCUCAGAUGCAUGAUAGUCAUUCAAAGGAGUUACAUGUCACAGAAUAUAAUGAAUUAUAUAUGAAGAAUCAGUCAUCUUUGAGCACUACAAGGCUUAAGGAUCUUGAGAAAGGAAAUGCACAGUUCCUUCUAUAUUUUCUGGAAAAUAAACAGUCUGAUGAUCCAUCAUUUUUCUAUGCAGUACAAAUUGAUGAAAAGGAACGUUUGACCAAAUUCUUCUGGGUAGAUGGACGGUCUAAAAAUGAUUUUGCCUACUUUCGGGAUGCAGUCUUGUUUGACAACCUAUCGGACAAGCAGAGUAGAAGUGCUGUCAAUUAAUAUAUGGAAGCAUGAGAACUUCAAUUUUCUUCCUCUACAUCAUCAUAUUGACAUCACUGAAUGAACAUGAUACAGGAGCAAAUUUAAUAUUGUAAAAUAAUUUUAUUAUUUUCUAUUGUUAUUUGUAUAAACUGGUCCUUGUUGUUGUAAUAUUUAAAAAAAAACAAAUGUUGGUGUCUGUUUUUUUUUUGAAAAAGUUUGUAGCCUAAUGGGCAAUCUUUGAGAAUUCUUCAAAUGGUGCUUUGCCUGAA